AUGCAUGACAUGUGCCAAAACUCAUGUCUUGCUUAUACUGGGCCCUUUGCAGACCUUGAAUCUUGUCCGGAAUGUUCAUUGUUCCGAUAUAAUCCUCUUAAAGCUGGGCAGACUAACAAGAAGGUACCUAGGCAACAGUUUCAUACCAUUCCUCUAGAUCCGCAGCUUCAGGCACUCAAGCGGUCCAAUGACAGCUCUUAUAAUGUUGGGCAUCAGCAUUGCACAACACAGCACAUCCUUGACAACUUCAUGCUUGACGAGCAUGGUAAAAAGGUUAUUGACCUUGAUUGCUUUGACAAUUUCUACUUGGGCUCUGAUUAUCUUGGCCGGGUUGCUAAUGGCGAUAUCACUGAGAAUUCUUUUGUGGUCAUGCUAUCGCUUUAUAGGUACCGAUUGUAUGAGCAUAAGACUUCUGACUGCUGGAUUUAUAUCUGGGUGAUCCUAGACCUUCCUCCUGACCUUCGCUAUAAGAAAAAGCAUGUUCUUAUUGGUGGAUUUAUUCCUAGGCCUAAUCAUCCAAAAAAUCUAGAUUCUUUCCUCCAUCCUGGUCUCCAUCACAUCUUGGCACUACAGAAGAAAGGUCUCCCAGUCUGGGACUCACUGACUACAACCAUUGUUAUGUUUCUGAUUUUUGUUGCUCUUGUCCUUGUGGAUGGAUCAGGGAUUGCUACAGUCAAUGGCUUUGUGGGACACCAAGGGAUGUAUUGCUGUCGACUCUACUGUCCAAUACAGGGGCGGCGUAAACCUGGGGCAACAAAGUAUUAUCCUGCUCUCCUAAAACCUGAUGAUUUCACUGUUGCUAGUUGCGAUCACGAUGAUAUUGAUGCCACCAAUUUUCCUGCUAUUUCUCAAAAGGAAUACUGCAUUAAUCUGGCCUGGCUUCUGCAAUCGAAGACAGAUGUGGAGUAUGAGUUUUGGCAAAAAUUAACUAGGAUUGCAAAGCCGAGUAUUUUAUCUGGACUGUCCUCUAAAUUUAUUCUAGGCAUUCCUUCCAUGUUUCCUGCCAACCUCAUGCACCUUGUAUGCCUCAACCUCACUGAACUCCUUCUUAUGCUCUGGACAGGUACUAUGCGUUGUGAUCCACUUGACAAGCUGCACUCUUGGGAUUGGGCUGUCUUGCGGGGUCCUAUAUGGGUGGCCCAUGGUCUUGAUGUUGCUCGCUGCCGCUCAUUCAUUCCUGAUCUCUUUGACUGUCCACCGCGGAAUCCUGUUGAGAAGAUGAAUAGUGGGUACAAGGCUUGGGAGUGGAUGCUCUAUGUCUUUGGUAUAGGUCCUGCACUUUUACGAGGUAUUCUACCCAACAUCUACUGGCGUAACUAUUGUCAUCUUGUCUAUGGCACUUGGCUCAUUCAUCAGCACUCUAUCACCCACACCCAGCUUCUUGAAGCUCACCAGCAUCUCACAGAUUUUCACAAGAGCUUUGAGGAGCUCUAUGUUCAGCGCAAGACUUCGCGUCUCUAUUUUAUGUGCCCUUGUAUCCAUGCUGUCCUUCAUAUUGCUCCUGAGAUACCUCGUAUUGGACCACCUAUCUAUCACACUCAGUGA